AUGGCCGACGACGCAGCAGCCCCCGAGAUAAAUGUUAACAUUAAAGGUCCCAGUGAACUCAAACUCCAAAUCACUAUCAAUACAGACAAAACCGUACGAGAGUUGAAGGAGGCAAUCGCUGCCAAAUCAGACGUCGAGGCAGACCGACAAAGGCUGAUCUACUCCGGUGACGAGGAUCAACUCUCAGUGUAUAAGAUUCAGACGGCGCACACGAUCCAUAUGGUCAAGGGCGCUGCACGAUCGGGAGGUGCAUCAACUUCAUCGACGACGCCGCAACCAUUACCGACGAUGCAAGCGGGACAGAACCCUCGCGAUCCACUCACACAAUUGAACAGUCAUAUGGGAUACGGCGCAAUGGCAGGGCUGAAUCCGUUUGCGGACAUGGGUCUUAACCCAAAUGACCCGAACAUGAUGCAAACUAUGAUGAACUCGCCUGAGUUCAUGCAGCACAUGGCUGGUGUUAUGUCUAACCCACAAGUCAUCGACCAGAUCAUUGCUUCCAACCCCCAGCUUGCUGCGAUGGGCCCGCAAGUACGAGAAGUCUUCCAAAGCGAGCGGUUCAGACAACUACUCUCCAGCCCCGAACAGAUGCGCAAUAUGCUUCAAAUGGCAUCCAUACUCGAAGGCGGCGGCGGUUUAGGCGGUAUGGGUGGGGCAGCCAUGGGUGGGCCCCUAGGCAACCCGUUCGGACAGUUAGGUGGCGCUGGCGGAUUCCCCGCGCCUGGUGUCCCGAACACUGGCGCAACAAGUCCCGGUGCCACUCAAGCCACGGACUCUACUGCUGGGUCGGCACCAACGCCGUUUAAUAUGUUCACUGGAGCCGGCGCAGGAGCCGGGGCUGGUGCGACUGGGGCUGGUGCUGGGCUUCCGCCGUUCAAUCCCGCCCUCAUGCAGCAAAUCCUUGCGGGUGGUGGUGGUCCGUUCGGUGGUCUUGGUGGAGGUCUUGGGGGAGGGUUCGGGGGAGGUCUCGGGGGUCUCGGGGGUGCUCCGCCAGCGCCAGCUGACGCACGGCCACCAGAAGAAAGAUUCCAAGUUCAACUCCAGCAACUGCAAGAUAUGGGAUUCCUAAACGCCUCUCAGAAUGUCCGGGCUCUCCUGGCUACGGGCGGUAACGUGCACUCUGCUAUCGAGUAUAUUCUUGGUGGAGGAGGGCUGUAG